UAGCUCAAUCCCACAAUUCCAGUUUGUAUUUAUUUGAAUGGUGCUGACUUCACCGCGUUGGUGAACGUGCACUAAAGUAGUCUUUAACUUUUAACUCGACAUCUAUGUAAUAUCGCUUCGGGACUUCGUUAUCAAAAAUUUGAAGAAACUACGUGACCUUUACACAAUGUAAUGACUCUCUGAUUAUGGCCACUGGAAAUCAUGUUGGAAAUGAUGCAGAUGUCCACAGGCUCAAGCAAGCCAAUGCCCUCGAUCUUUUCAACCACAGAAGCGCCCCUGCAGAUGAAGAGAACAUGAGGGAGGUGGAUUAUUUUUAUAAGGAAGAAAUAAAUAAAGACAGAUUUCCAGUGGGGCGUUGCAUGCACAACUACGGCAGAGUAAAACGUGUGGUAAGCAAGAAGACGUGUCAUUCAGCAGUGGGAUCUGUCGUUCGGCGACGAGCCUCUUCAGCAGGCAGACUCUCUGACAUGGCCAACAAGGAAAAUGAGGUGACGUGUGCUGAGGACGUGCAGGGCAUUCACUGUAAGGACAAGUGUACAUUCCCUGUGAAGACGACAGACGUCUCAAAAAUGUCAGGAGCUGGCUCCAAGUACCUGGAUUACUUUACAGAGUUGUCCAAGGACCAUGACACAAUGACUCAUGUGCUCUUUGGGAGGAAUCUCAGGUUAAAUGUGGCUUUGACACUUUGGCGAAGAAAUGCUAGUGAACUAGUGGCUUAUUUGACCAGAAUACAAGACACAGGGGUGUUGGUUGACUGUCUUCCUGUUCUCACAAAAAGCCUUCAAGAGGAACAGUCCUGCGUUUCUAUUGGUUGCUGUGUCGACCUUUUACCACAAGUGAAGAUGCUCCUUCUUGGAAGAUACGAAGUGCACCUCACUGUGGCUUUGCACUGGGUUCAAUCAGUUGUUAAGAAAUGGUGGCCUGAACUCUCAUCAAAUGGAAAAACCGUGCAUGAUCGCUGUUCAAAUGAGAAGAAUGUGCAGGCAAUGAGGAAGCUGCUGCUUGAUCUUUGGGAAGACACUUGUCCAUUAUCCUCAGUACCUGGAACUGUGGGAGAAUUAAGCAAGGCAGUCGAAUCCUAUCUGUCACAGUUGCGCUGAUGUCUCACUGCCACACUUGAGGAUACGACCACUACAUGCACUUGCUGCAGUUUUCAAAGCUGCCCUUUGACCAUGAAAUAAACUGAGUCUUUGUAUUACUCCAGAAGAGGACAUGGCUCAAUAGUGAAUGGGGAGACAGAUGAACUGACCAAUUCAGACCUUUCCUGCAUCCAAAAUGGAGACAUGUCUUAAAGGGUUAAACAUUUCCUAUAAACCUUGACUGCUUCACAUUGAAGUGGACUUUUUUUCUAUUAGUGGCACUCAGUCAACUCUAUGAGACUGUAAAAAAAUCAGGUAACUCACAGAAGUGCCAUGAUUACAUUUUUAACCCGUAGCACCACAUUGUGCACUUGCUGAAGUGGAUUUGAUGAACCGGUCCUGAGUAGGCUCCUCCUACAACGUCUUAUCAUGAAGAGCUUCUAGUCCUGCAGUCUUAAGUUAUUAAAGCUUUUGCUGUCUUAUGCUUUUUCAUGGAUGAAAUGAUUGUGCAUCAUGGUGACUUUUCUUUUAAUCAGCUUCUAAAUAAAUGUGCAAAAUUUGCCAAAUGUCUUCAA